AAAAGACCAUAAGCUACUGGGUACCAUCAGUUCACAAGUUCAACUUUGUAACUAAGUUUUCAACUAAGUAACUAUUCUUAUAUUCAAUAGCUGAUACUAAAUAGAACAUAAUGAAGAUCAGUUUAUACUUGAGUUUACUCUUUAUGGCAAUGGUCAUCAAAAUCGUUACAGCUAAUGUAAGACUACAGCGUUCACCACAGCAAUACUGUGGUUCUAAAUUAGCAGACAUAAUGAGAGUUUUAUGUAAAACCAAAUAUAAUGAAAAAAAAAUAAAAAGAAGCCAAAUGGAUUCAGAAAUCUGGGAUUACAAUGACUUAGAAGACUACAACGCAAUUGACUACCCAUACCGAUCAAAGCAAGACGCAAUGACAUUCAUGCCGACACGUUUACUACGUGGUGGAAAAUCAAGGAUCAUUGAUGAAUGUUGUCGCAAACCUUGCUAUUUAUCUGAAUUACAAGGUUAUUGCGCUAAUUGA